UCUCAAGUGGGAUGAGGGAUUGGAAUUCAACCCCCUCUUCUGGCACCUAAAACUCCAUUUAUUUCUAAACUUACUCCCUUCCUCCAUUAAUUAGCAAACAAUAAAACUUUCCUUGUUUUGCUUAAUAUUUGUUGGAUUUUUCAACAGGUACAAGGCUGAAACACACAGACUAUUCCACGAAUCUCUGCCUAUAUAUACGGUGUUGUUCUGCCUAUCCUAGGAAAAAAACGCUAAUUAACCAGCUGAACCAGGCAGAGAUGGCUUCUAUGGUCGCCUACUUGACAUGUCUGCUUCUUUUGCUGUUUUCUUGCUCCCAUGUUUCUGAGGCCAAAUAUUCCACUACUGCUCAUCAUCAUCAUAUAAAAAAGGGACUUUCAUGGAGUUUCUAUGAAUCAAGCUGCCCAAAGUUGGAAUCCGUCAUCCGAAACCACCUCAGGAAAGUGUUCCAGGACGACAUCGGCCAAGCUGCCGGCUUGCUCCGCGUUCACUUCCACGACUGCUUUGUUCAGGGAUGCGACGCUUCGGUGCUGCUGGCUGGAUCGGCGAGCGGUCCCAGCGAGCAGGAGGCUCCGCCCAACCUGAGUCUCCGGCGAGAGGCUUUCAAGAUCAUCGAGGAUCUCCGGGAACUCGUCCACAAGAAGUGUGGAAUGGUCGUGUCUUGCGCAGACAUCACUGCCAUUGCUGCCCGCGACUCAGUUUACCUGUCUGGUGGCCCUGAGUACGAUGUGCCCUUGGGGAGGAGGGAUGGCCUCAACUUCGCGACCAGGGAAGCGACCCUGGAGAACCUUCCUCCGCCAACAUCCAACACCUCCUUCCUCCUCUCUUCGCUUGCCGGCAAGAGCUUCGACGCCACCGACGUGGUGGCCCUCUCCGGCGGCCACACCAUCGGGCGAGGUCACUGCGGCUCCUUCACCAACAGACUCUACCCGGAUCAGGACCCAACCAUGGCCAAAAAAUUUGCCAAGAAGCUCAAAACCAUAUGCCCGGAAGAAAAUGCUUCCAACAGCACCACGACGGAUCUGGACGUUAGAACACCGGACGGGUUCGACAACAAGUACUACGUGAAUCUGGUCCACAGGCAGGGGCUCUUCACCUCCGACCAGGACCUGUACACCGACGAGAGGACUCGGGAGAUCGUGGAGAGCUUCGCCGACGACGAGGCUUUGUUCUUCGACAAGUUCGUGGCGGCUAUGGUGAAGAUGGGGCAGCUGAGCGUUCUGACGGGAAAAGAGGGCGAGAUUCGGGCCAAGUGCUCGGUGAGGAAUUCGGAGAAUGAGGAGCUGAAAUCUGUUGUGGAAGACGAAGAAGAUGAGGAGGCGCGAGAUGAAUUGUAGUAGGGAGUUGUUGGGGUUUUGAGUUGAUUUGUUUAGUUGGUACGUGGUGUUUAAUUUCUCUCCUCUUUCCUUGCUUUAUCAGUGGAAAAUAACUCUCCAGAUAAGAACUUUGACAGUGAACAGCUAGCUUGUCCUUCAGCUGCCAUUCUUUAGAAUGGUAGUUGGAUGUGUAAUCUGUGGAUGGAACAAUACGGGAAGAUGAUUAAUAACACAUAAAGAAUGGUAGUUGGAUGUGUAAUUUGUGGAUGGAACAAUACGGGAAGAUGAUUAAUAACACAGAAAAUGAUGAUAUUUUUUUGCAGAUUUAA